UUUAAGCAUCCUGGUGCUCUGCUGUCCCUCCCUCCCACCCUCUCUACUGGCCUGGUAUAUAUGCGGUACGGUCGUCAGCGAGCCACAGACGGUAUCCUAGCAGCGAUGAAGCAGUUCACUAUAGCCAUUGUGUUCAUCGGGGUGCUGGCCCUGUGUGCGGCCCUCCCUGCCCCAGAUCCAGAGCCCCUCCCAGUGCCCCUCCCCGCCGCCCUGCCAGAGCCCCAUGACGAUUUCGGUUUCGGCGGAGGUAGAGGAAGAGGAAGGGGAGGGGACAGGAAAAGGUUCCGAGGAAGAUUUAGAGGUCGAGGAGGAAACAGGUUUGGUCACCAUGACGACCACCAUGAUGACCACUUCGGUGGUGGCCACGGCUUCGGCGGCGGCCACGGCUUCGGCGGCGGCGGUCAUGGCUUCGGCGGCGGCCACGGCUUCGGCGGCGGCCACGGCUUCGGCGGACACGGUUCUCCUCACGCCCACAUUUCUCUUGGACAAGGCGGUCUGGGCUUCCUCAUCCACCGCCACUAACACUCAAUGACGCCCCGAUUGUGACUCUAUAUACCACAAAUUCUUGUCUAUACGUCUGUUUCUAAUAAAUGAGAUAAUGUCUUGAA